GUUGAGUGAUAAAGUACCACACAUCUAUCGGAUAGAGGAACAGACAUGUCUGUCUGUCCACACAUACACACAAUCGAUGCACACAUUUCCAACCAGCACUCAAAGCAGCCCAGCCAGCUGUCUCCCUCCCUCCCUGGCUCUCCUCCCGUCCGUCAGUCACAUCAUUGUCUGUCUGCCUGUCUGUCUGUCUGUCUGAGUGUCUGUGUCCAUCAUGGGGAUUGAUCAACAGUGAUCAGUCAGUCGUCAUAUUCGCAGACUUCGUCGAAGGUCAGCUUGAGGGUCACCUUCCCAUCGCCAUCAGGGGAACGCACACGAACCACAACCAAGUUUCUAUGAGAUGAAUGAGAACACACACACACACAGGGGGAGGCAUUAUAUAGGUGUUUGUUUCGCGAUGUUCGGGUGCUUCUGUCCACUGUCGUCACUCACCUCCCAGAGUCCCGCUCAACCACUUCAGCCGACCGACCUGUCAGUCAAUCCACACACACACGCACACACACACACACACACGCACACACACACACACACACGAGGCCAUGCAAUGCAAUGAGUGUGGGAGUCAGGCUUGCAUUCGACGUACCCAUGUAGAUCUUCCUUUUGUCCUCUUGGCUGACGAUCUUGACCGUAGUGCAGUCCCUGCCCACCACCGUCUCGAGCUGCUUCUCGGACGCGUCCACCUUCUUGCCGCUACCCUGCAGCUGCACCCGUGUCCACACACGACCUCCCUCCUCCCACACAGACAAAACACGACCUGCGACACGACAAACAACAAGAGAAACGAACGAGAUCAAUCAAUGCAUCCGUCCGUCUCUCUGUCUUCCCUCGCUCACUCACUUACCCUUCUCCCGAUAGUUGGGAUGUUUCUGACUUGCAAUUUUGACGACCAGGCCCUUGAGCAGCCAGGUGGCCAACCGCCCCUCCCCACCCUCCCCUUCGAUGCCUCCGUCCCUGCUGGUCGGCACGCCGUUGGAGUCCUGCGAUGGUGACGGGGAUGCGGUCGGCGGCAAGGCGGGGCCGUGCACCACCUCCAUCUCGCUCACCGCCUCGGCCGCUGGGGGUGGCUGAUCGGCGUCCUCAGAUGCCUCGAACCGCUCCUCUGAUGCACCAAGCACCUGACAGAGGCAACAGUCGCCAUGGACGCAGGUAUGGAUUCUGUCUGUGUGUGUCUGUGUGAGGAUGUGAUGUGCUGACGCACUUACCUUGACCUUCUUGGCUGCUGGCGGGGCAUUCUCGCCCGGCAGCCCAAUGUUGGCGCCCAGCCCCGCCUUAUCGAACGCCCGUUUCUUGAGCUCCAGCGGCUUGGUCGUGUGCAGCUUGGGGUCGUAGCCCAUCCCCAACAGCAUGGCCAUGCCGAACUGCUCUAUCGGCACCGACUCAUACGAGCCCAGCCGCACCUCGGGCAGCAUCGCCAUCUCGCGCUUCAGCUGGUCCUUCUCGGAUAACCCCGCCUUCCGCAGCUCAGCAAGGUGGGUGUUGCGGGCGAGAAUGGGGACGGGGAGCGACGCGUCAUCAGCCGACACCUCGCCCUUGGCCUCCUUGACGAGAGCGUCGGCCGCCUCGCCAAACUCGGACUUGACCAUGACAACGUCCCUCCUCUCCUGAGGCUCUUGCUUUGCAAGACCACCAGCCGUCCUCUUGGGCAUCGGCCUGAGGGUGUUCUUGCAGGGGAUGAUCAAAUGGCCGGGCACAGGCGCCUUGUCUUUGUCUUCGAACUCGCCUGAGGCGUCCACCGAGAGGAUAACUCGCCUGUCGUCCUUGGCGGCGGCCUCUGGUGGCUGGACGGGCGCGGGAGGUGGACGCUCGGGCUUCUUGGACGCCUUGACCGAGAAGGAAAACUUCGGGCGACUGCUGUCGGCCAUGUCUACCACCGAAACAAACCCUUGCGUGACUGCUGACAGUAGCGUCAAAUAUCUACACGAGGGAACGCUCUGUG